UGAGUUUGACGUCACUGGCAAGAUGGCGGCUUCCUUCGGAGCAACGCUGUUUCUGUGAAGCUGUUUUUGUCCGCUGUUUCUGGGGAGAAUAUUGUUAUUUUUCCGGUAAAAGCAGCGGGUUUUGUUUAGUUUUUUUUCUGCGGUUCUCUUCAGCGGAGCGUCGCUGUGGCUGCAGCCGAGAUGAGGACAUUCUGCGGCAGAGCGAAUCCGAGCACCGGAUCUCUGGACUGGGUGGAGGAAGAAGAGUACGACUUCCACCAGGAGAUAGCUAGGUCCUGUUACGCCGACAUGCUGCAUGACCACGACAGGAAUCAGAAAUAUUACGAAGGAAUCCGUUCCGCCGUCAGCAGAGUUAAAGCUCGAGGUCAGAAAGUCGUCGUCCUCGACAUCGGAACAGGAACCGGACUUCUGUCCAUGAUGGCCGCCACCGCCGGGGCCGAUUUCUGCUACGCUGUCGAGGUUUUCCGUCCGAUGGCUGAAGCUGCUCAGAGCAUCGUGAAGAAAAACGGAUUUUCUGAUAAAAUUAAAAUCAUCAACAAACAUUCGACGGACGUCACCGUUGGUCCAGACGGAGACAUGCAGGAGAAGGCCAACAUCUUGAUCACGGAGCUGUUUGACACGGAGCUGAUCGGUGAAGGAGCUUUACCCAGCUAUGAACACGCCCACCAGAACCUGGUCCAGGAGGGCUGUGAGGCGGUUCCUCACCGGGCCUCGGUCUUCGCCCAGCUGGUGGAGUCGGAGCUGCUGUGGAGCUGGUCUCAGCUGCAGCCUCUGGAGGUGGACGGGUCUGUGCUGGCGGCGCCGCCGGCCGUGGGUCGAUGCGCCGGAGCUCAUUCUGUCUGCGACAUCCAGCUGAGCCAGGUGGACCCGAGCAGCUUCACCCCGCUGGGACCCGUUCUGCACAUGUUCAGCGUGGACUUCAGCAGAGCCGUCAGCAGCUCCUUCCAGUCCCACUCCUCCCAGUUCUCUGCUCGGUCCGGGGGUCGGGCUCAGGUGGUUCUGUCCUGGUGGGAUCUGGACAUGGAUCCUGCAGGAAGCAUCGUGUGCAGCAUGGCUCCCAGCUGGACGUACCCAGAACCCAAGACGGCUCCGUGGAGGGAUCACUGGAUGCAGAGCGUCUACUUCCUGCCGGCUGAGAGCAGCGUGAACGAAGGCGACCAGCUGCGACUGACCGUCUGUCACGACGACUACAGUCUGUGGUUCAGUCUGCAGCCGCUCGGCCAGCAGAUCCCUCAGACUGAAGCUCCGCCCCCUCGGCCCUCCUGCACCUGUCAGGCUCACCUGGUCUGGACUCGACCUCGAUUUGGAGAACUGAACGACAGACGGAGGACAGAGAGCUACGUCAGCGCUCUGAAGAGAGUGCUGAGAGACGACAGCGUCUGCCUGUCUGUCAGUGAUGGAAGCAUACUUCCUGUUUUGGCCCACAUGCUGGGAGCUAAAAAGGUGUUCUCUUUAGAAAACUCCAGGAUGUCCAGACAGGUGAUCGAACAGGUGUUGGACGUGAACUCGAUAAAAGGAGGAGUGGAGCUGCUGGAGAUCAGACCUGACCAGCUGACCAGCAGUGAUCUGGGAGGACAACAGAUCUCGGUUCUGGUCGGAGAACCCUACUUCAGCACCAGUCUGUUGCCGUGGCAUUCCCUCUUCUUCUGGUUCUGUCGCUCUGCUCUGUCCGGACUCCUGCGACCCGACGCCUCCAUCCUGCCUGGAUCUGCCUCCCUGCACGUGGUGGCCGUGGAGUUCCAGGAUUUGUGGAGGAUCAGAGCUCCGUGUGGAACCUGUGAAGGCUUCGACGUCACUCCCAUGGACGAAAUGGUCCAGAAGUCUCUGGAUUUCCGUGAGUCCCGUGAGGCGGAACCUCAUCCUCUGUGGGAGUAUCCCUGCCGGGCCUUGACUCAGUCCGAAUCAGUCAUGACCUUCGACUUCACCCAGAGCGUCCCUCAGCAGCCAAUCAGCAGCCAGGGAUCGCUACCAUUCAUCAGGGCUGGUCGUUGCCAUGGCGUCGCCUUGUGGAUGGAGUACCACCUGACUGAUGACAUCACCGUCAGUGCCGGUCUGACUGGACCAAUCAGUGAGCAGGGCGACUGUGUCUGGAGCCGACACAGGAAACAGGGAGUUUAUUUCCUCAGGACGCCGGUGGAGAGUUCAGAUGACGGCAGAUCUGCGGUUUCUUACAGCUUCACCUUCGAACCCGGUUUAGGAGACAUUAAGAUGGACUUUAAGGUCACGCCUCAGUGAUCUGACGGCUGAGUUUCACCUUUUAGCUUUUAUACUGAACGGAUUUACAGAAAUGAACCUCCAGAACGGAGCUGACGCUGUCAUCAGACUGAACAUUAUUCAUGUGAAAUCUGUUGUUUUUGGGGUGAAAACUGAAGGGAAAUUGCAGGUUUUGCUUUAAUACACAGUGUUUUGGCUCCUUUAAUCUGUACAAUGAAGGCAGAGAAGUUACUAAAACCUUGAGAUGGAGAAUUCAGGAAAUAAGUUCUCAGAUUUUGUUCACAUAUUUGGGACCUAAAACCUAAAUUCUGUGAAAUAUUUUUGUUGAAUUUUCAGGAUUUCAAAUGUUUCCAGACCUGGUUUGGUGAAUUAAGUAAAAAUGUUUUACCUAGAAAGACGUAUGUAGGAUUCAAAGUCUCUAGAAAUAAAACUCUAAAGGUCAAGAAGCUUGGUGAGGAAACAGACAGAACGAUUGAAUGGAUCCAGGAGACGCACAUUUUUUAUUUAUUCAUUCCUGAAAAUGAAACAAAAAGUGCUGAAUUUCCAAACCAAGUUGGUAUUGUGUCUGAAAAUGAAAUAAAGAUGUUCUAAAAUGAUUAAAAAUGA